AUGGCCGUAAGAAAGAGAGGCAAGCAGCCUGCUGCCAAACCAGUGAAACUCCCAACGCCUGUCCAGUCAAAAGAACCAACCCCAACAGCGCGACAACGCAAAACAACUCCAGCAGCCUCUGGAAGCAGAGCACCUUCAGUACCGAGGGAAACUCGAGCAGUUUCAGCGUCCCGGUCAAACAAAGCCAAUUCCUCGGCCUCACUGGCCAACCGACUGCUCGCAGGUGCGAGCGGGGACAGGAGGAACACUCAAAAACAACCGCGAGCUGACAAUGAGCAUGCACAUGACUUGAGUUCCAUACCAGAAGAACCAGGUGAAGAGCAGAAUGCACAUGACCAGCAGAAUGAUCAGCAAAUAUCAAUCGACGAAAGACUCGCAAGCCCGACAAACUCGGAGGGACCUGAGUUUGAGGACGUGUCGGAUGUCGAUGAAGACGACGUGGAGGCUGCGAGAGGUUCCCGUGUCCCCCCUGGCUUCUCUAAUGACAGGGGAUUCCUGUGCUAUCGGAACUCGCUACUAGUGGUGCUGUUACAUAGCACAAGGAUUGUACAAUGGAUCAAGAAUAGGUAUCUGCCCCAGCUUGUUCGCACAGGCUUGGAACUCGUCAGUUACGAUUCGUUGGUUAGAGCAGGUGACAAGGAACACCCAUUGUGGCCUGAUAAUAGCAACGUCAGAAAGGUGUCCCAAAUAAAAUACACAGAUGUCCUUUUUGAGUUUAAGUAUCUCUAUCAUGAUUAUUGGGCCCCCACAAAAUCGAACAAAAGACAGGCUCGGGUGGAUGCCGCAAUGAAAAGGUUUUGGAGCUAUCUCAAGGAGGUCUGUUUGGUAUAUAAAUCAGAGGAAGAUAAUGAUUCAGAAAAUCCUCGCUCAUGGGAAUUCAAGGGUCAACAAGACCCCGCUGAACUCCUUCGCUGGCUUAUUGAGGUUGCCCAGGACCAGCGAAGGCGUCUUUUCGCUGGAGUGGAAGCCCCGAUGCUUCCAAAAUCCGAACAACACCAGCUCGACGUUCUUCGCAGCUUGAAUAUCGAGAACUUGCUUGGUUUCAAGAAGACAGUGAGGAGGAACUGCGUCUAUUGCAAUCGAGCUACAAGUGCCAAGCGCCGAAGCAAGGGAUUGGAACGUGACACAGUCUGGACACUCACUGUAUGCUUCCCGACGGGGAAAAAAGGAAAAGUCGAACCCAAAGUUGACCUUUAUGAUUGCAUGCGACGGAGUCUAAAAUCGGAAACUAGUGAGCUCAACUGUGGUCGGGAAGCCUGCAGCGAGAAAGCCAAGGCCGACAAGUUAGCCGUUGAUGCACUAUUCCAGGUAGAAGAGGAAGAGAUAUACAAGCGUGUUAAAACCCAAAGAGGGCAAGAAACAGACUUGCAAAAGUGCCGCGAACGGCGAAAAGAAAGGCUAUACGAAAUGCACAAUUACGAGGGUUAUACAUGGAACAAACUCGCAAAGCUGCCGGAGGUUCUCUUCUUGUCGCUUACCCGGUUUCUUUCUUCGGUUUCGAAAAAAGAAAAGGUCAUAGUGCAGAUUCCCGAAGAGGUUGAUCUACGAGCUUUGGUCGAACAUAGGACACCCGUACCGUCAGAGACAAAAUACCGUCUAGUGGGUAUUUCAAACCAUAGUGGCGAUACUACAUUUUCAGGUCAUUAUAUUGCCCAGACGCUCAAGGACGGGAGGUUGUCCGAAUUCAACGACAGGAUCGUCUCCGAGACAGACUUGGAAGCCGUCAUAGAGGAACAAAGGAGUAGGAAGAAGAACCCUUUCACUCCGUAUCUCCUCAUGUACGAGAAGGUACCAUUCUGCGAUGCCAACAAUGGCACUAAAGAUGACACCAAAGAUAAAAACAAAGAGGAUCCCACGAACACAGCCAAUCAAGAAGGUGGCGGAGGCGAUGUCCGUGUCCAUGGUGAGAUGCCAAUUCCAGUGCAAGCGCUCGCUCGUGCCUUCGCAAAUGAAACAGCCACCGCCCUUCAAAUAACAAAGACUGCUUCCGACCCUGGACUUGAUCAAUGGCACAUUGCUGUGGAGGUGGCCAUCAACAAUACGAGGGUCGAGUUCCCAACAUUCGUGAUCAAAAAGAACGCGAAUAUCGACGUCCGCUCGGCCAAGAUCGAUCUGACCUUGAAGGACAGCCAGAGCAGCAUUCGUCUUGCGGCAAGACGCGAAGAUGACCGUGUUGACAGUCAAAAUCAGAAACGGGCUACUCCCGACCGCGACGACAAUGACAAUCUGGAUCCACCAACGAAACGCCGAAAAUCACAGGAAUCCGAGUCAAAGCGGUCGAGCCCCAAUACCAGAAAAGCGACUCCCAGCUCUAAACCGCGCAGUCCAAAGUCGAGCCGAAAGACAAACCCCGGCUCCAGACAAGGCAGUCCAAGCACAGGCCAUCCAAUGCCAAAUAACUCUGUAGAAGGCCUUGGAAUCCCUAAGCGGAGCAAAAGCAGGUCCAGAUCAGUUCAACGCCUCAGCGAAAACCAGUUGUCGAAGCCCGAAGCCGCGACGUUAGGAGAACAGAGCCUGACAAAUGCUCAGAUUCCCGGGCUCGGAGAUUCGGGAAAGAAGAGCAGCAACAGCGACGGCCUGGAUUCACUUUUCAACGAUCCUCCCUUAGAGCCUCCAGACGCUGAGGAGAAUGGGCAUGCUGAUAGACAGAAAGAGGUCCGGAAAAUGUUUGAGAAGGGCACACCGUUGGAGGAGUUGAGGCAGAAGAGCCUCGACCCGACACCGAAGGUCAAGGCCACUGCGCAGCCCACAGUCGGCAGGAUUACGCGGGCGAUGUCGCUUACGAGGAACUGGUAG